GUUUGUCAUGAGCAUCCAUUCUUUCUUUGUACUUGUCUUUUCCUGACUAUUAUUAAAAGUUGAAAGCAACCAACAGCCUGUCCUUAUUAUGACAAUUAUCUUCUUUCUUUCCUUUCUCAAGCUACAUAUACAGAGAUGAACCCUCUAUUUUUAGUAAAAAAGAAAUUCUAAAUUAUUAUUAUAUUACUUGGUUGAACUAGUUAAACACAACACACCCUUUUUCAGUUUCAUUCAUCUUCUUCUCUCUUUUUCCUCCCCAAGUUUUAGCUUCAACUUUCAAUACACAUUAUCCACACAUUUGUCCUUACAAAUCCACAAUUUCAUCUUCAUAAUAAGUUUCCUUGGAACUCUCUCAACUUGGCUGCUAUGAUAGUUAUCAUUAAUUAUGUUUCAUGUUUUUUUUAGCACUCUUUGGUGCAGCAUCUUGUGUUAUGGAGUGGAGUAAUUUGAAAGCACCUUCAUGGGAUUUAACUGAAAUGGAUCAAGGAACCUUAAACAACAUAGAAACAAUGGAUGGUUCAAUUAGGAGGUUUGGAGAUUACAGAACAAAAGGAGAUUUUUCUGUUGAUUUGAAGCUUGGCCAUGUUGGAAAUUCUAGCACUGAAUCAGGGCUAACAAAGUCCAAAGAUGUUGGUGGAUUUACCAAAAUGACAUCUUCAUCAUCAUCAACUUCAGGGUCAUCUAAGAGAGCUAGAGCUAUUAACAAUGGGACUCAGAUAGUUUCAUGUCUUGUGGAUGGUUGUCAAGCUGAUCUUAGUAACUGUAGAGACUAUCAUAGGCGUCAUAAGGUCUGUGAACUUCAUUCCAAGACUGCACAGGUCACAAUUGGUGGACAUAAGCAAAGGUUCUGCCAGCAAUGUAGCAGGUUCCAUGCUCUAGAGGAAUUUGAUGAAGGAAAGAGGAGCUGUAGGAAACGCUUAGAUGGUCACAACCGACGGAGAAGAAAACCACAACCAGAACCUAUUACUCGAAGUAGUAGCUUUUUGUCCAAUUACCAAGGCACCCAAUUGCUGCCAUUCUCAAGUUCACAUGUAUACCCUUCUACUGCUAUGAUGAAUCCUACUUGGGUUGGAGGAGAUGUUAGGCUCCAUAGCCACAAUCAACACCAACAAAUGCACCAUCUGGUCGAUAAACAAGACCUUUUUCUUGGAACAACAUCUUCAACCAGCAGCUACAAAGAAGGGAAACAAGUCUCAUUCAUACAAAAUAACCAGCCAACAGCAGCAGCCACUAUGAACAAUCAACCUCUUCCAGCUUCAUCCAUGAGUCGCACGUUUAGCAGGACCAAUCCUUUUUCAGAAAGAUACAAAAUGUUUUGUGACAACAACACUUCUUGUGCUCUCUCUCUUCUGUCAUCACCAGUACCACAAACACAUGAUCAUCCUGAAAAUGGAUUGAAUCAGAUGGUGAAUACUCACUCAUCUUUUAUGCAACCCUUAGGCUUGAGUUUGCAUGACCAUAGCUUGGGGUCUGUGGACUCAGUUUUGGGUUCAAAUGAUCAGAGUGGUCAUUGUUCCUCAAUGUAUAACAUGGGUUCUAGUGAAUCCCAUUCUCAGGGGAAUAAUAAUGAAGCUUCUCCAUUAUUUCCUUUUCAAUGGGAUUAGAUUAGAGGAUUUUCUUCUUCUUCUUCUUCUUCUUCUUCUUCUUCUAAUAAGGUUGCCACCUUAAUUUGUUUGCUGAUGAUCUGUUAUUUCUAUUGUACUACUUGUGAAUUAUCACUGUCUUUUAUUAAUGCAUGAAGGCAAUGGAUUAUGAACCAUCGUUUAAGAAAAUCA